UGGGGGUUGUGGGAAACUGGGGGAGGGGACGCCUGGGCCCUUUGUUCUGGCUCUCCUGAUGUCAGGGCGCCCCUGCCCCUCAGUUUGUGGUUCUGUGGGUCUUUCCUGGUCUGGGCUUGAGUUUCUGCUCUGAGUCUCUGUCCCUCCUCUUUCUGGAUCUCUGUCCCUUUCUCUCUGGGUCUCUGUCCCCCUCUCUCUGGACACCCCCCCCCCACCGCAGUCCUCCUAGGGUCUGGGCCCCUCCUCCUCCUUUUCUAGCAGCUGCUGUUCACAUCCUAGCACCUGUUCUUGGGGUGGGACUGAGAAGAUCUCAUCCACACACCCCCUUCCCUGCAGCUAGGCCCUGACUCCUGUCUUCUUUAAACCAGUAAUUCAUACCCAAAGAAAGGUUUGGGCCUCAUGGGCCCCAGGCAUGAUUCUGGGGUCUUCAAGAUUUCACCACAACCCAGGCUCACCUGGAAACACAGAGGACAUUCUCAUCCUAAGCCGCCCCCAGAAAUCCAGCCCACUCCUGCAGGACCUAGGAACCUUGGCCCCCAGCAUCCUGCUUCCCUCUGAUCCAGAAAUCCAGCACCCCCACUCCUCCCUCAGACCCAGCAAUCUGAACUCCCAGCCCCCACACCCUGAAGUCUCUCUGGGGGCAGAGGUGGAGGGGUUGGGGAAUCUUGCUGAGCUCUGUGUUCCUCUAGGCCCAAAUGGGGGAACCCCGGGCUGGGGCCCCCCUGGACGAUGGCAGUGGCUGGACAGGAAGUGAGGAAGGAAGUGAGGAGGGCACCGGCGGCAGCGAGGGGGCUGGGGGAGAUGGGGGUCCAGACGCAGAAGGUGUGUGGAGCCCAGACAUCGAGCAGAGCUUCCAGGAGGCCCUGGCCAUCUACCCGCCAUGUGGCCGGCGGAAAAUCAUCCUGUCUGAUGAAGGCAAGAUGUAUGGUCGGAAUGAACUGAUUGCCCGCUACAUCAAGCUGAGAACAGGGAAGACCCGGACUCGCAAACAGGUUUCUAGUCACAUCCAGGUUCUGGCUCGAAGGAAAUCAAGGGAGAUCCAGUCCAAGCUCAAGGACCAGGUCUCCAAGGACAAGGCUUUCCAGACCAUGGCCACCAUGUCGUCAGCCCAGCUCAUCUCAGCACCUUCCCUGCAGGCCAAACUGGGUCCUGCUGGUCCCCAGGCUUCUGAGCUUUUCCAGUUUUGGUCAGGGGGCUCUGGCCCCCCCUGGAAUGUUCCAGAUGUGAAGCCAUUCUCACAGACACCGUUCUUGUCACUGACCCCCCCAUCUACUGACCUCCCAGGGUACGAGCCUCCCCAAGCCCUGUCACCCCCUGCCCUGCCCCCACCUGCCCCAUCACCCCCAGCCUGGCAGGCUCGGGCCCUGGGCACUGCCCGGUUGCAGCUGGUGGAGUUUUCAGCCUUUGUGGAACCGCCCGAUGCAGUUGAUUCUUACCAGAGGCACCUGUUUGUACACAUCAGCCAGCACUGCCCCAGCCCUGGCGCGCCCCCCCUCGAGAGUGUGGACGUCCGGCAGAUCUAUGACAAGUUCCCAGAGAAAAAGGGUGGCCUUCGGGAGCUGUACGAUCGCGGGCCCCCUCACGCCUUCUUCCUGGUCAAGUUCUGGGCGGACCUCAACUGGGGCCCGAGUGGUGAGGAGGUAGGGACCAGUGGCAGCAGCGGUGGCUUCUAUGGAGUGAGCAGCCAGUACGAGAGCCUGGAGCACAUGACCCUCACCUGUUCCUCCAAGGUCUGCUCCUUUGGCAAGCAGGUGGUGGAGAAGGUGGAGACGGAGCGUGCCCAGCUGGAGGACGGGAGGUUUGUGUACCGCCUGCUGCGCUCACCCAUGUGUGAGUACCUGGUGAAUUUCUUGCACAAACUGCGACAGCUGCCCGAGCGCUAUAUGAUGAACAGCGUCCUGGAGAACUUCACCAUCCUCCAGGUGGUGACAAACAGAGACACCCAGGAGCUGCUGCUCUGCACCGCCUACGUCUUUGAGGUCUCCACCAGUGAGCGAGGGGCCCAGCACCACAUUUACCGUCUGGUCAGGGACUGAAAGGGGACCCCAAAAGUGGCACGCUCCCCCCCCCCCGGAAUACCCACCUCCCAGGAAGGACCUCCAGCUUUCUUUGUGCUUGUUUGGGGAGGGGGCUGCUCUGUGUUAGAGGGGACCUUACAGCUGGGUGGUGAGUUGAAAAGAUGGAUCCUGAUAUUGGGACCUC